UUUUAUAAAAAACGUAUCUAGUGUUGUUAUUGCUUUCAAAUAUUUUGCAUUCAAAAUAUAAAUAAAAUUUGUAAAAGCAACGUUUUUUUUUAUUGUUUGUUUAAUUGCUAAUGUCCAGAAACAAUAGAAAUCGUUCCGCUAAAAAGCAGAAGCGCAAAGAAAGACGAAAAAAUAAAAGAUCAUUAAGAAAAAUGGAGCGUGCGGAGAGUUCUUCUAAUGCCGCCAAUGCAGGUGGCAGUAACGUGGUUGCUGGUGGUUCUCAACAAUCUGGGACAAAUAAUGGCCUAAUGUCUGACAUAAAAAGAAAACGGUUAGCUAGAAAGCAGAGACUUAAAAAUCGACGUGAAUUUCAUGAAAGUAUAAAGAAAAUGAUUCGUGAUGCAAAGCGUUCGAAGCGUACGAAAGCCGCCAAUGCCGUUGACAGUAAUGUGGUUGCUGCUGAUUCUCACCAGUCUGAGGUAAAUAAUGCUAAUAAUUGUCAAACAGAUCAAAGACCCUCAACCAGUCGUCAUGAUAGUAGAAAACAAGAAUCACCGAAAAAUCAUUUAAAACGUAGUCCAUGGAGAAAUGCAGGUGGUAAAGUGAAUAGAUUUAAAAAAAUCGUUGAUGACCAGGCUAGAAGAUUAGUUAGACGCAGUGUAUACUUAGUCAAUGACAACGGGACAAGUAGAACAGUUACACCGAAAAAGAUUUCAUCGCAUAAAAAGGGCAGCAAACGUUUGAUCAAUAACAGUAAUAAUAAUAAUAUUUCAAAGAGAAAAUUAAACAAACAUAGAAAGAACAAUUCACAAAAUGUUACUACAACCUUGGAAGAGGGAGAAAUACGUUCGGAGAGUGAUAUAUCUUUAGUUGAGGUUGCAAAAAAGAAAGAGGAGAAUAAUAAUAAUGAUGAUGAUGAUGACGAUUGUAUUGUGAUCGAACCAACCUUAGAAGAAAUAACAAUAGAUGAUAAUGACGGUGAUGAUGAUAUACCCUCAACUAGUGAUGGUUCUACUAAUUAUCAAUCACUCAUAAAUUCCUUUAAACAUCGUGUCUCUUCCACUCCUUGUCAUAAUAAAAAAUCCUCUUCCACAUAUGCCUCUAUAGUUAAAAGUUCAACUAAAGAUAAUAAUAAUUUGAAUAAAGACGACGAAAAUUUACCAUUUUUCCUAGAUGUUGGUCGUAGAUCUGGCAUUGAAUCGAUUAAUUCCACAGAUACCUUUACCAAUUACACUAAGUUAAGUACCUUAAAGGAAAAUUCCUAUAGAACUGUACGUUUGAAAGAAACAACUUGUGAUGAUGAGAUUAUUAAUCUAGAUGAUCAGGAUUCAACUUUAAAACGUAAAUCUAACGAUUUAGAUGAUGAUUCGGUUAUUUUUGUAGGUGAAUCGAAUAAAAUGGAUUUUAUACCCAUAGUAGAUGAUACGAUACCGCCAAAUAAGAUUUUGAAAAUAAGUGAUAAUACUCCUACAACACCUGUCAAUAGAUUGCGCACAAAUAAUAAUCUGUUUACACGCAGUGAAACGAAACAAUUAAAUGCCUAUAAUGAAAAUGCCUAUAAUCCCGGAGCAAAUGAAGAAUUAACCGAAGGCAAACGGAUGGUAAUUAUAGAUGGUAGUAAUGUGGCUUUCAAACAUGGUUUAGAUCAGGCAUUUUCCGUUAAAGGUUUAAAAAUUGCCAUAGAAUAUUUUGAGAGAAUGGGUCAUGAGGUUAAGGCCGUAAUACCACAGUUUCGUAUGAAUAAAAGUAAAUCUACAGAUCCCGAAGAAUUGGAAAGAUUACACAAGGCGGGAAAAAUUGUACAAACACCCUGUAAAAACUUGCCUGGUCUAACGAGUACCAGCUACGAUGAUAGAUUUGUUCUACAAUUAGCUUUUGAAUUGGAUGCUGCCAUUGUUUCGAAUGAUAACUAUCGUGAUUUACUACACGAAAAUCCGGCAUUUAAGAAAAUCAUUGAAAAUCGUGUUAUUGGUUAUACGUGGUGUAAUGAUAUAUUCAUUUUACCCAAAGAUCCUUAUGGUAAAUGGGGUCCCAAACUACAUACAAUACUCAAUCGCAGUUAAAUUUCUGUUUUGGAACUUUUUUUAUUUUAUAUAUUUUUCAUUAAUUAGUUCUUUAUUCCCUUUAUUUUUAUGUUUAUAGGUUAUAUUUUAGAAUACAUAUUUUUGUUU